GAAAUUUAUAUUUUAGUUGGAGAUCGCAUAUGAUUUUGGAUUAAUUUUCAUGUUCCGAUUUUUGCUAGUGUUGUUCUGCGGGUGCGCGGCGGUUGGUUUUGGCUCCGUGACUGGAGAUGCGCGGCAGAUGAAAUACCACUUGGGAAGCGUCGCCUCGGAGAUGGACCGCGACCUCGGCCUGGCCGCAUUAGGUAUGGACUUGGAGUUGGACGGGCAAAUCUGUGAUGAGUUAAGAAGUGAGGAGCGGGAGUAUUCGGCAAAUGAGGGGGAGAGGCGUGCUGGGAACUAUGAGAUGGAUCCGCGAGUCGUGGAGGAAGAGCUGGAAAGACUACAGAGAGAGGUGAGGUCGGAGGGACGACUGCGGGAUCUAGAGGAUGAGGCAAAACAGGAAGGGAUGGUGAGUGAGGGGAGACAGAUGGUACUGGAGGAUGAAGGGGAAAAGGUGGACGUGUUCCUGGUCCGAGAGAACGAGCCUAUGUCGGCCGCGAUCCUCCCUCAAGUGUUCAGGGACCCGAAGGAAGCCACAUUCUCCUUUUCCGGCACGACCGUCAACCACACACUGUCCAUUCCUGACCCUUCUGAAUUCGGUAUUCUCGACUCGUAUAGUUUCCCCAAACCUAUGCGUCCACUACCAACCAACCUCUCUAAUACAACUACCUCACAGAACACCACUUCUCCCCAGAACCUCACAAUCCCCGCUCCCCUCAACGUCACCACAGUACCAGCCCAGAACACUUCACACGAAAACGUCACACUUGGAGGCAUUAUUAAGCCUGUGUCACCUCCUCCGGAAUACCUCACUUUUAAUCCCUUUGCGCCCACGAUACCACCGUUACAGCCCACGACAUCCCCACUACAGCCCUCAGUACCUCAAGCAAACGUUACGACACCUAUACAACCCGCACCGCAGCCAACACCGAACACAUCGCAACCUGUAUCUCCACCACACCCUGCGUUACCCCAGUCACUACCUGCUUCACCCGUAUUGCAACCUGCACCAACUCCACCUCAACUUACGCCAAUCCCGCCACAGCCCGUAUCGCCGCCACAACCUACACCAGUCUCGCCACAACCUGCACCAAACCAAACACAGCCUGCACCAACCUCACCACAACCUACAUCAAAUUCAACACAGCCUGCAGCAACUCCAACACAACCUACACUAACCUCACCGCAAACUCCACCAAGCCAAACACAACCCACACCACCACCAACGCAGUCUACACCAAACCAAACACAGCGCACAUCACUCACAGUACAGCCUAGACCACCUCCAACACAACCCACACCACCCCUAACACAACCCACGCCAUCAAUCCCUCCCCAGACGCCUCCUCAAGAUAUUAAUACAGGCGCUAACCGGACGGCCGACGAAUGGGCGAGCGGUACAGGAAGCGUUAAGUGCAGGAAGUGUGGUGAAUACAGAACUACGGGCUGUGACUCCAGGAUGUGUGACGCUUGUGAGGAAAGGCUAAACCGGGUCACGGCUGGGUCUGCGAGUAAUAAGUGUGGGUGUGACGCACGAAUGACCCUGAGUGAUGCAGAGCUUGGCGAGGUGCAAGGACAAAACGAGGGGGUUAGAAGGAUGGAGGAAGGAUCUAUGAGUAACGCGGGCUGCAAUAGAUCAAGCAGGUCCGCCAUACAGUCUGCUUGUGCCUGCUCGCGAUGUACUUCUAGAUGUUGCCUGCCAGUACCUCACACUUGCUUGCCCAAGUGCUGCUCAAAUGCCAACCGUCCCACGAAGGCACCACUGGCAUACACUCCUCGCUGCCACACAGACCCAAUACCAUAAACUCGUGGAAGCUUCCUCGGCAUUGCUACAAGACGCAAACAACGGAAAUCUUGACUACCGCUGUACUAAAUAUCACCUUACCGCAGGUGAUUGAAAUUAUUAUUUUCUUAUUUCUGUAA